GUAGGCAAUAAAUAUAUAUAAAAAUAAAUGAAGUUAGGUGAUACAUGCGAUGCAGAAAAACAAAGCAGGUUAAGAGAGAUAGAGACAAGGAACCACCCAAGCAGAGACCUGAAGGAAAUGAGGGAAUGAUGUGUACGCAUAUCUGGGGGAAGAGCCUUUUAGGCAUGGGGAAUAGCAAAUGCAGAGGUCCUGAUGCAGGAGCGUGCAAGGAGGUUAUUGUGUCUGAAUGAAUGAGGGGAUAGCAGUAGAAACGAGACUAAGGAUAUAUAUAUAGGGAGGGUUAGUUAGAUCACUCAGGGCUUUGUAGGCCUUGAUUAAGGACUCUAAUUUUAAAUUCAGGUGAGAUGGGAAGUCACUGUAGGUUGUAGGCAGAGGAGUAAUACAUACUUUUAGAAGGGAUCAUUCAGGCUGCUGGUGGAAUUUAGGGUAUGUGGGGCAAGCUUGGAUGCUCUCCCAAGGAUGAUUAAUUUGUCCUAGUUUACCUAGAACUUCCCUGGUUUUAGCAUUGAAACCUCCACAUCCUGGGAACCCCAUCAGUUUUGGGCAAACCAGGAUAUUGGUCACCCUACAGGGAGACCGGUAGUCCAAGUGAGAAAUGGACUAAAGUGAUACUGAUGGAAAAGUAGUCAGACUUUGGGUAUAUUUUGAACGGAUGCCUAAAAAUGUUGCUAAUGAGUGAAUGUGGGUGUGAUAGAAUGAAAGGAGUCAAAGAUAACUUGCAGAGUUUUGGCCUGAAUAACUGGAAGACAGCACUUAUUGAAGGAUGGUAACUAAACAAAAGAGAAAUUAUAGGAGCCCAAGGAGGAGAUGUUGACAUCUUGGUUCCCCUGAGGUUUUCUCCUGACAACUUGCUCAGACUUCUAGAGGGCAGCACUGCCCAGUGCUCUGUGUGCUCCUUGCUCCACUCCCCACUGGGAACAGGCAUCUAUCAACUGUUCCCCAAAGACCAGCAACAUAGAUAAGCCCCUGAAAGAGCAAGGGCCCUUUCCUGGGGCUGCUCUGUGGGUUCACCAUAAGGGGUAGGGGGCAGACAAUUCCAUGGGUAGACCAGUCUCUCACAGAAGUAGUGGAGACACACUAUGCCUAUGAGAUACCACUGGAUGGAGUCCCUUCUUUCCAUUAAACCAGGACCACUCCACAGGCACUGUCCCAGAAUGCCCAGUGUUCAGAACCUAGUGACCUCUCUUUUAGGAAACAAUGGGGUCUGGGUGUUCUGGGGAAUCCUAUUGGAUGGACAGAUAGGUGGGUGGGUUCCCGAGCCCCAGAGCAAUCGGCUGGCUACCAAGGCUCAACCUUAUGGAUUCCCAACAGGAGCACCUAAGCAUCCCUAGUGAGUGGGUCUCACUGUACUUUGGAUUCCUGGGGCUGUGUUCUGUGGUAACCGGAGGCUGCAUUUUCUUUCUGCACUGGAGGAAGAACUUGAGGCGGGAAGAGCGUGCCCAGCAGUGGGUGGAGAUGAUGAGAGCCUCCACGUUCACCUACAGCCCACUGUUGUACUGGAUUAACAAGCGACGGCACUAUGGCAUGAACACAGCCAUCAACAUGGGCCCUCCCCCUGCUGCCACCAAGACUGAUGCUGAGGUCCAGAAUCCAGAUCCUCUGUGUGAAUUAGACAUCCCUGAAGGCGGGAGUUAUGCUGUCCAAGACAGGAGCCCCAAGGUGGAGGCCCCCGUUCCCCUGCAACCUGCACUACAGCUGGCCCAACAGCAACCCCUACCUUCCCCAAGGCCACAGCCCCAGGCCAGCUCCCCACUUCCAAUUCCCAUCUUUCAGGAGGUGCCCUUUGCCCUGUCCCUCUGCAACCUGCCCCCCAUGCUGAACCACUCUGUCUCCUACCCUUUGGCCACUUGUCCUGAAAGGAAUGUCCACUUCAAUUCCCUCCCCACAGUGGCCCAUGGGGACCACUGCUUCAAUGCCAAGCCCUUUGCUUCAGAAUUGUAG